AUGGGGCGGCGGGGGGGGUUGCUGGGGGGCCGGGCUCCGCUCCAUUUGCUGCUGCUGUGUCACGCCUGGGCGCUGCCGCCGCCGCCGCCCCCCCGGGAGGCUCAGUCGCUGCUGCCCGCCCGCCUGCCCGCACCCCCGGGCCAGCUCGCCCUCAGGCUGGCCGCUUUCGGCCGCUCCGUCGUGCUCCGCCUGCGCCCCGACGCCGCUUUCUUGGCUCCCCGGCUCCGCUUCCAGCGCCUGGGGGGUCGCCGUUCCCCGGGUCGCAGCCCGCCGCGCCGGGGCUGCUUCUAUUCGGGAAGCGUCGAGGGGAGCCCCGAUGGCCCCGCCGUGCUCAGUCGCUGCGAGGGGGGAGGCGGUUACCGAGCCGCUUUUCUCCUCGAUGGGGUCUCCUACGAGCUGCAGCCCCUAGGGCAGCCCUCGGGCAGCCCUCCCUGGAGACGCCUGCACCGCCUCCGGCGCCGAGCCGCCCCGCCGGGCGCCCCCAGCCCCGCUGCUGCUGCCGGGGCCGCCGGGAUCGGCUCCGGGGAGCCGCUCCGCAGAGCCAAGCGCUUCAUCUCCCAGGCGCGCUACGUGGAGACGCUGCUGGUGGCUGACGCUUCCAUGGUGCGCUUCUACGGGGAGGAGGUGGAGAACCACGUCCUGACCCUGAUGUCCAUGGCUGCUCGCAUCUACAAGCACCCCAGCCUGAAGAACUCCAUCAACCUGGUGGUGGUGAAGGUGCUGGUGGUGGAUGAGGCUGCAGCGGGGCCAGAGGUGUCUGACAACGGUGGCCUCACCCUGCGCAACUUCUGCAGCUGGCAGCAAAGGUUCAACCCCCCGAGUGACCGGCACCCAGAGCACUAUGACACUGCCAUCCUGCUGACCAGACAGGACUUCUGUGGCCACCAGGGCUGUGACACACUGGGAGUGGCAGAUAUCGGCACCAUGUGCGACCGCAACAAGAGCUGCUCGGUGAUUGAGGACGAGGGCUUGCAGGCAGCCUACACCCUGGCUCAUGAACUGGGUCAUGUACUCAGCAUGCCCCACGAUGACUCCAAGACCUGCGAGCGGCUCUUUGGGCCCCUUGGGAAGCACCACAUGAUGGCUCCUCUCUUCAUCCACUUGAACAAGACCCAGCCCUGGUCUCCCUGCAGUGCCAUGUACCUGACUGAGUUCCUGGAUGGAGGGCACGGUGACUGCUUGCUGGAUGUUCCAGCUGAGCCCCUCUCCCUGCCUGCUGAGCUGCCUGGCCGAGAAGCCCUGUACAGCCUGGACCAGCAGUGCCAGCAGAUCUUUGGCAAGGACUUCCAGCACUGCCCCAACACCACAGAGGAGGACAUCUGUGCCCAGCUCUGGUGCAGGAGGGGCAGUGGGGAGCCCCUCUGCCACACCAAGAAUGGCAGCUUGCCGUGGGCCGAUGGCACCCCCUGCAGAACCAGUGGGCUCUGCUGGGAUGGACACUGCCUGCCACGGGACGCCCUGAAGCCCCAGCCGGUGGUGGAUGGUGGCUGGGGCCCAUGGAGCCCCUGGGGCUCCUGCUCCCGGACCUGUGGAGGUGGUGUGCAGUUCUCCUACCGUCACUGUGACAGCCCCAAGCCCCAGCACGGUGGCAGGUACUGCGAGGGGCAGCGUGCCAAGUACCAGUCCUGCCACACCCAGGAGUGCCCCCCGGAUGGGAAGAGCUUUCGGGAGCAGCAGUGUGAGAAGUACAACAGCUACAACUUCACGGAUCUGGAAGGGAACCGCCUGGAGUGGGUCCCCAAGUAUGCAGGAGUGUCACCCCGAGACCGAUGCAAGCUCUUCUGCCAAGCCAGAGGAAGGAGUGAAUUUAAAGUCUUUGAGGCCAAAGUGAUUGAUGGCACUUUGUGUGGGCCAGAGACCCUCUCCAUCUGCGUCCAUGGGCAGUGCAUCAAGGCUGGCUGUGAUCACGUAGUUGGCUCCUCCAAGAAGCUGGACAAGUGUGGGGUGUGUGGUGGCAAUGGCUCAACGUGCAGGAAGAUCUCUGGCUCGCUCAACAGAUCCAAGUAUGGCUACAACGACAUCGUCACCAUCCCUGCCGGGGCAACCAACAUCGACAUCAAACAGCGCAGCCACCGGGGGGUCCGUCACGAUGGCAACUACCUGGCCCUGAGGACCCUGGAGGGCAAGUACCUGCUGAAUGGAAACUUCUCCAUCUUGGCCAUGGAGCAGGACAUCCCCAUUAAGGGCACCAUCCUGAAAUACAGCGGCUCCAUGACGACCCUGGAGAGGCUGCAGAGCUUCCAACAGCUCCCGGAGCCCCUGACUGUUCAGCUGCUGACCAUUGCCAGCGAGGUCUUCCCCCCCAAAGUUAAGUACACCUUCUUCAUCCCCAAGGAUGUCCCUUUCAGCAAGCCAAAAGGCAAAGAGAAGAAGUCAGCCAACGUCAUCCGCCCGAUGCUGACCUCCCAGUGGGUCCUGGGCGACUGGUCCGAGUGCUCCAAGACCUGCGGCUCCGGCUGGCAGCGGCGCACGGUGGACUGCCGGGACGUGGAGGGACAAAGCUCCUCGGCCUGCGACCGAGCCCUGAAGCCUGAGGACAUCAAGCCCUGCGGAGAUGUGCCCUGCCCGCUCUGGCGCCUGGGCCCCUGGUCCCCCUGCUCCCAAAGCUGCGGCGAGGGCGUGCGGACGCGCAGCGCCUCCUGCAUCGACUACGCCGGGCAAGUCACCGCCCCGGAGCAGUGCAGCUCGCCGGGGCCGCCGCCAGCCACCUCCUCCUGUGUGCUCCGCCAGUGCUGAGCCGCGCCGGGCCGGGACAGGAUGGCCAGGAUGCUGCAGGCUUGUUCACCAGACAAACAACCACUCUCCAGUGCUUCACCCCCACCCCAGUGAUGUCUACCUCAGAAGGGGGAAUAACAGCAGCAAAACAAGGAGGAAUCAAGGAAUCACUCCCUUCUUUUCCUUCUUGUCCUUCCCUACAUCCCUCUCCUUCCUUCCCUUCCCUCCUUGCUCAUUUUAAUUCCUUCAUUGCUCUCUUCCUUUCCCUCCCCUCCUUGCUCCCUUCACUCUCUGCUGUCUCCCUUCCCUUCCCUUCCCUUCCCUUCCCUUCCCUUCCCUUCCCUUCCCUUCCCUUCCCUUCCCUUCCCUUCCCAUCCCUUCCCUUCCCCUCUUUUUUCUCUCUUCCUUCCUUUCUCUCUCUCUCCCUCCCUUCCCUUCUUCCUUUCUGGCAAGUUGUGAUUGCCCAGCAUGGCUGAGCAGACUCUGUUUGGAAGGUCCACUGGACAAGCAGAGCCUGCCUUUGCCAUUGUCCCAUCCCAGCUGCAGGUGAAGGAGCUCCAGGCUGGGUGACUUUGCUGAUAGAAUUAGGGUGCCUUUGCAAAAGGCUUGGGCCGGGUUGCUGCCCCCUCCCUGCCGUGGUGUGGGUGUUCUGGAGCAUGAGGAGUGUUUUGUCAGCUGUGGGUUUAGUUUGGGAGACUACUCACUUGUUUGGCUGGGAGCAGGAGGGCCACAUCCUGCCACACACUGGCAGGAGGACAGGUGAGAUGGUCAUGGUUGUUUCUAUUGGAUUUACAACCUACAAGGGGGCAAACCUCUGCCUCCAAGCCCCCCCAGCAUCUGCAGAGCCAUUCCUAGAGCUGCAGCCCCAUGCCUCCACUUCCCCAGCUAUAAAAUCAAGGCUUAAUUCCGCCUGCUCUGGCUUUCAGCCCUGCCAUGAGGAGGAACUCAUUACUUAGCCCACAGUGCUUGGACUGUGGCAUGCCUAUGGUCACACUCCACCCCGGCUCUGGGCACUUGGAUGUGCCAGCCUUGCCUCUCCCACCCUCAGCUCUCAGUCCCUUGCAUGCUCAUUUCCUUAGCUUUGCUUACGUUUUGGAGAGAAUUUGGCUUGCAGCAGGGAUGAGCCCAGGAUCUGCAGCUGCUGAGCCUCCCCUGCCCCACUGUGGUGCCCGCUCCUCACUGCUGCUUUCCCGGGAUACAGGGAGAUGCCUGGAUCUGGUGUCAGGCUCCAGCAUUGCUCGAGCAAUUCCAGUGUGGAACAGAGCCUGGCAAGGCUGGAACUGUUCCUUGCUGGCUGGGAACAGCCACCCCCCCUGUCCCCAGCCCGGCUGCAGCUGGCUGCCCAGCCCCUGAACUUUUGCCUUCCAAAGUGACCUCUAUCUGCGUGCUGGCAGCAGCUGCUGCCUGGGGAGCAGGGAUGGAAUCUGGGAAGGGUUUUUUGAUGAAGGAUUCAGUAUCUCCAAGCUCCUCUCCUGAUGCCCCUUGCUGCUUCCCUGCAGAUACCCAUACCACGCCUUGCCCCCACCUUUAGGCAGCAAGAUGGUGAAUUUCCAGUGGGAAAAGCUUUUUCCUUAUGGGGGUGGGAGAAGAACUAGAGGAAGAGGAGUUGAUUUUGUGAUCCCUGAGCUUCCUCAUUUGCAGCUGUGGGGUGAAUCCUUUCUCUUGCCCCUUCUGCCUGAACUAAGCUCCUUUUUCUCACUGGCUUUGGGAUGGGGCUGUGGGGUGAGCUGCUUCCCAAAAGCUGUGCCAAAACCCCUAGCACACUGAUCUGAAAACCCAAGAUACUCAUUUUUUAUCCCCUGUAGGUGAUUCCUAAUGAAACCAAGGGGGCUGCAGCCAAGGAUUGAGGGUACUGAGGGCUCGACUCCAAAUGAGAAACAAUAGAGGCCAGCUGCAGAGUUGGGAUGCAGAGCUGUUUGGGUUGUGUUCAGACCUACCUUGAGGCAAUGUUCUUCGUCUGCUAAUUAAUCUCCAGGAAUUUCAGCCCUCUCUGGCUCUAGCAAAUAGCUGGAUGCUAAAGUCAUGUUGCCUUGCAGGGUUAUUUUCUUUCUCCCCUUUGAGCCUAGAGAGGGUUUUAACUCAGAGGCCAGCCUGUGUUUUCUCAACCAGCAUCUAGGAUGGGUCAGAGAUUUUCAACCUGAGACAGUGCCAAGGAAAAUGUCUGCAUCUGUCACACAGGGCUCAUGCAGGCCAAGGGUCUCUCCCAAGGUUUUCAUAUUCCGUGGUUGCUUAGCUGGAGCUUCCUAGGUGCAAACCUUCCCUUCCUAGAUGCAAGAAUGCUUUCUAGGUACAAACUUCCCUUCCUCCUGGAUGGAAAAGAUCCCUCCCACAUGGAAAACGUCCUUCCUAGAUGCAAAAAAAUCCCUUUCUAGAUGCAAAACCUCCCUUCCUAAAUGCAAAAAAUCCCUGGGUGCAAAAUCUCCCUUUCUAAAUGCAAAGACCCCCUUCCUAGAUGCAGAAACCCCUUCCUGGAUGCAAAAUCUCCCCUUCCAAGAUGCGAAAACUCCCCUCCUGGAUGGAAAAGAUCCUUUCCCACAUGCAAAAUUUCCUUCCUAGAUGCAAAUUUUCCCUUCCUAGAUACAACCCCCCCUUCCUAAAUGCAAAAACUCCCUUCCUAGAUGCAGAAACUCUUUCCUAUAUGUAAAACCUUCCCUUCCUAGAUGCAAAGCCUCUCUUCCUAAAUGCAGACCUUCCCUUCCUAGAUGCAAACCUUCCCUUCCUAGCUGCAAACCUUCCCUUCCUAGCUGCAAACCUUCCCUUCCUAGCUGCAAACCUUCCCUUCCUAGCUGCAAACCUUCCCUUCCUAGCUGCAAAACCUUCCCUUCCUAGAUGCAAACCUUUCCUUCCUAGAUGCAAACCUUUCCUUCCUAGCUGCAAAA